UGGAGUUUUUAGAAUGUAGUUCCCAAACAAAAUGGGAUCUCCCCAUAAGAAAUUUUUUUUUUUAAUAUAACGCUUUAAAGAUUGUUUGGACAAUUAGUAGAUGGCAGAAAAGUCGCACGUUUUUAAUUUGGGUAAAUGGAAAUGCAUUACCAGUCUUUCUCUUAUGAAGUCUUUGCUGUAGGUCUAAAGUAAACACUAAAUUUUAAAGCAUGGGUGUGAAAUAAAAUGGUGAUCAAUUGCUUGUCGUCUGCACGUGUUGUAAGGAUAUUGUCCAGAUGUACGGCUGGAAGAACUGUUCUGUUUUCACCUGAGCGCAACACACAACUGGAUGUCAGCGCUGAUAGCAGGCCCGCUUCAAAUCCUGGGCCGCAAGAUUUCCGCACCUUUGAAAGCAAUCCGGUGAACCACACAACGGAGCAUGCCGCUCGGUUUUACGUAGUUCCGCCCGAGGUGAGACUCAAGGUGUUCCAGUAUGGAGGGCUCCCGAAGAUCUUUGAGAAGCAGCUGAAAACGUUUGGCGAGCCGUCCAUAAUGGUUCGCAAUCCCGCCUUGGAAGUCCUGCACUACCUGAGGACUGCAGCCUACUCCAAGCCAGCGGUCAGAUACGUCCUCUAUGGUAAAGAUGGCUGUGGGAAGAGUGUAUCCUUGGCUCACAUACUGAACUACGGGUCGGUGUCUGGUUUUCUGCUGGUGCACGUUCCGUGGGCCAGAAACUGGAUGCGUUAUCCUAAAGAAGUUGCCACGUCCUCUUCUAACAAGGGUUGCGUUGACCUGCCCCUUGAUGCUGCGACGUGGCUUGUUCACUUCAAGUCUCAAAAUGUAGCACUUUUGAACGCCUUGGAUCUCAGGGUUUCGAAGUCUUACACGUGGACGAAACGAGAAGAAACACCUGUGGGUGCUCCCCUGGUCGAUCUGAUCGAGUUUGGGAUCAAUCGUGUGAAGUACGCCUGCGAUGUCGUGUUGGCGCUGCUGCAAGAGAUCAAGUUGCAUUCGACCGAGGGCAGGUGUAAAACACUAGUGGUGAUUGAUGGUUUCAAUGCAUUCUUCAACCCAGACAUCCGCAUGAAAACGGAGGAUAAAGUGAAAGUAAAGCCUUCCAUGGUGACACUAGCCCAGGGGUUUUUGGAGAUCACGAAGAAUGAUUGGUGUAACGGUGCAGUAGUGUUGAGUAUUGACCGUCAAGUGGGCCCAGCUGACAAGAAGGAAUCAGAGUUGCCGUUCUACAAUCUAGGAAAGCAGGGGUUUGAGCACCUGGAUCCUUUCAUCCCGAUCCGAGUCGUGGAAUACAAUGAAAAAGAAAUAGAAAGCUGUCUGCAGUACUACAUUGAGCGGCGCUGGCUUCAGCACGAGAGCGGCCGGACCGAAGCGGGCCGUAAAGAGCUGGAGUUCCUGAGCGGCAGAAACCCGCUUCGCCUCAUGACGCUGUGUUCUCCGCUGUGAUGUUGCUCGCUAGUGCACUGCGCUGUUUGAAAUAGCAUUAGCGAUGGUAUUGCUUCAAAGUACGAAGUGAAAACAAAUGUACUGAAAUUACAGGGACAGCAGAGAGAAUGGGCUUUCUGCAACUUUUUUUCUGAGCACUUAACUAAUGGUUCUCUAGCUUUUUGCCUGUCUCGAGCAAAUUCUAAAAAUGUUUGAUUACAAAAAUGCAACAUAUUGAUUUACUCAAAUAUAUUUUAGAAACUUGCUGGAAUAAAAAAGAAAUACUAAAGUAAUUUCAGUCAUUUGUAAUUUUGCAGAUUCUAUGCGCUAUCAUAUGAUAUAGAUGUAUAAAAUUAAUUUUUAAGUUAUACCCAGCAGGGCUAUGAUCUUGAAUGAUGUCAAAUUGUCUUUUAGCCAGGCCUGAAACGACACAUCUUGAUAGCCAUAUUUCAACCAACCAAACCUUUUGGUGUAAAUUACACAGCUAAAUAUUCAAUUUUGUUUUGUUGACAGCUUUAUAAACAAAAUUUUAUAGUUGACAACUGGUUUCUCACAUACAAGUAUUUACUAAUUAACUAUUUAAGCAAUUGUAUUAUAAAAAAAAUUACCAAUUUUAUUAGAAUUCUGUACUUACUACAAUAUUAUAGAUCCUUUUGUGGUAGUUACUUUGUCAUUACAUCAGACAAUCAAAGGCUUCUAGUGCAAGUAAAGUACCUGUUUCACUGUUGUGAAUUACUGAGACCCAAAACUGUUUGUUAGUUGAAGAAAAAAAAAAAAUGUUUAUUUCACAGAUUGUGUUUGUAAUGUAUACCAAUGCAUGUUAAUGAAACGUUUAAAUUGAUCAAGAUUGUAAAACAUUUACAUUUUAUAAAACCAGGUUACAAUACUGGUCCUGUGAUCUCCAAAAUGAUUGUCCAAUGUUUUCAGAAUUUAAUCCAGGCAAAUGUUUGUAUGGUCAUUUACACAGUAUCCCUAUGUUGUUAGUCAUGUGUUUCCAUUUAUCUACAAAAUAUAAAACUGGAAGAAAACUUAA